CGGGGCAGCAAGGGGGAGGGGUCUGCCGUCAGCGUGCCGUGCGCAAACCGCGUGUGGCGCAGCGCAGAGAGGAGGAACCGAAAAUAAACAGCAACGAGUCACGUCGCCGAGUUGUAGGGUGAAGUCUGAGGAUAUGAGCAGCAACGAGUGCUUUGGUUGUGGCCGUACGGGUCACUGGAUCAAGAACUGCCCCAAUGCUGGACGUGGACGUGGGAAGGGCCGUGGCAGAGGAAAAGAUCUUUUCUGCUAUCGCUGUGGAGAACCAGGCCACGUUGCGAGGGAUUGUGAGAGGACUGAAGAUGCGUGCUACAACUGCGGCAGAGGCGGCCACAUCUCCAGGGACUGCAAGGAGCCCAAGAAGGAGCGCGAGCAGGUGUGCUAUAACUGCGGUAAAGCCGGACACAUGGCCCGCGACUGCGACCACGCCAACGAGCAGAAAUGCUACUCCUGCGGUGGAUUCGGACACAUCCAGAAGGGUUGUGAAAAAGUCAAGUGCUACAGGUGUGGAGAGAUCGGCCACGUGGCCGUUCAGUGCAGCAAGGCCAGCGAAGUCAACUGCUACAACUGCGGCAAAUCAGGCCACGUGGCGAAGGAGUGCACCAUCGAGGCCACCGCUUAAUCUCGCCGCCUCCUUCGCCCCUCCUUUUUCUGAUUGAUGGUUGUAUUAUUUUCUCUGAAUCCUCUUCACUGGCCAACGGUUGGCA